UUGCCCGACCAAAUGCUAAAUGGCUCAGUUUCAAUGUUGACCAGGAAGUGCGCAAUUCUCUGUAUUUUAUAUCCCUUGCUCCAGGCGCCCUUCGUACUGGCAUCGGAUUCAUGCUUCUACUGUCGCGGCAUUAACUGCCAGAGAAGCAGCUACCAGGCCACAGAGCAGUGUGUGGAUCAGCUCGAUGCAUGCGUCAGUGUAUUUGAAGGGGGCAUGGUUAAGGCUCAGGGCUGUCUGGAGCUGCUCGGGGAUAGCUGGCGGGAGCGGUGUGAAAGCGAACACAACACUCAACUUCAAUGUGAGAUUUGUGUAAGUACAAACUGCAACAAUGUCAGUUCCAGUCAGCUAUCCUGUUUGCAGUGUCAGGACAUACAGGAUGAUCGUUGCCGUACUGCACCGGAGCAGCUGGUGCCUCAAUCCUGUGGAAUAGCCCGAAACGGACGCAGCCUGUGCUAUGCGAGCAUUAAGGAUCAGCAAGUCGAACGAGGUUGCUCCCUCACCAUAUCUGAGCAGAUCAGCUGCCUUGCCAAUCCCAAUUGUCAGCUGUGUGAUCCUUUGGAUAUGCCGCAUUGCAAUGGCCAGCAGCUCGAGGAGACUGCAGAGAUAACCUCAACAUCAACUUCAAGUUCAACUUCAACUUCAAGUUCAACUUCUACCUCAACCAGCACCAGUGCUACACCUAGUACAACUACAACGACACAGUCACCCACUGAGCCACCAACCCCAACCCCAACAACAACACCCAAGCCAGACAGCGCUCAGAGCUUAUGGAGUAAAAACAUUCCAAUUUUGUUGGUUGCUUUGCAGUUGAUUAGGUAUUUUUAUGGCCCCAAUAAAUUACUGUACAAAAAGUAAAAAAGAGUUCUCACGACCUUCCCUCCAUCCUAAUACUAAUCUAAUAACCGUUAAAUGAUUGUUAAUGUUCAUAAAUUACGAUAAAACACUUGGCUAAUCACAUAUUUAUAAAUAUACAUAUACUAUAAGGUUUACAAUAAAGAUCACACACCCAACCCAA